CACAUGUUGUGACAGAAAAUGUCCGAAUAUAGACAAAUGAACAAUGGUUUAGAAAGAAAUAUAAUAAGUAAAUUUUGAUUGAUGGAGAAAAAAAAACUAUUUUUCUUUCUUUCUUUUUUUUUUCUUUUUUUUUUUUGCAUGCGGAAACACACGAGGUUCUGUCAAGCAGCGUUAGUAUUAUACAUACUUUUUACAAUUGUAGCACAACACCUAGCCACCACCUGUUUGACUACUUUAUUGACCAUUUAUACAAACAAAAGAUCGUGCUUGGCGAGUUUAAGUUGGCAUUUAGGAUUUAGGACUUAGACGGACAGGUUACCGAGCUAACAGCUAAAACAGCUCAGUAUGCUAAAAACAAAGCAAAUAUUUUAAAUGUUUAUUUCCACAUCUUACCAGCUAUUGUAAGGUUGUUUAGGUUUCCCCUUACUGAAAGACCACAUUUCAUAACGGAUGGAGUAACCGACUAUAUUUCUGCUACAAAUGUAAAUGUUUGUGUUGAAAUGGACAUCUUGAUUAAUAAUUUCAUCAACAACAAAAUGAACGAUGACAUUAGCAGACUGCAGUGUAAUACAUAUGAGGAUAUUUCGGGAACAUCUAAGGUUCCUGUGCUUAACUCGGAGUGUACCCCCAUAAGCCCGACCAACAGAAAACACCAUGAAAACUCUCUGAAUCAUCAAAAAGACUCUGAUGAAGAACAGAUGAAUAAAAUGAGAUGUUUAUUAGGAUCACAUCUGAGAAAUUCAAAUGGAGACACUGAAAACCAGGAGUUAUGGAACUAUAGUUAUAGUCACAGGUCUCUGAGUGGUCUUCAUAACCAUCAUGUAUUUGCACCUUUCCCCAUUUUUGGGGUGGAUCAACCCCUUGAGAUGAGCAAACGAAGCAUGGAUCCUACUAGGAGCAUGCUUCUAACUCCUGGAUCCAGCACAAGUCGCCAGCAGAAUCGUCCUUCGGUAAUUACCUGUGCCCCUGCCAGCAACCGCCCUUGCAGUCUUUCCAGUUGCUACAUGUCACCAAAUAGCUGCACAUCUGGAUCCUCCAACAAACCCAAAGCAAACACUGUGUGUGACCCUGUGAUUGAAGAGCAUUUCCGCCGCAGUCUGGGGAAGGUCUAUAAGGAGCCUUUGCCCGUCUCUAACUCAGUGUGCAUCACAGGCUCAGUCGAUGACCACUUCAUUAAAGCACUGGGGGACGCCUGGUUACAGAUCAAAGGCAAUGGUCAUACAACACCAAAUGAAAAGUGAAAGUCAUGACAUUUUGCCAAGUAUGGUAACCCAUACUCGGAAUUGGUCCUCUGCAUUUAACCCAUCCAAGUGCACACACACACAGCAAUGAGUAGGGAACACACACCCUGAGCAGUGGGCAGCUAUAUAUCCAGCACCCAGAGUGCAACUGGGGUUCAGUGCCUUGCUCAAGGGCACUUCAGUCAUGGGUAUUGAGGGUGUAAAAGAGCACUGUUCAUUCACUCCCCCCAAGUACCACUCCUGCCAGCACUGAGUCUCAAACCUGUGACCUUCGGGUUACAAGUCCAACUCUCUAACCAUUAGGGCACAUUAGAUAAACUAGACCAUAAAACAAAAACCCUGUGAGGUUAGCUCACUACAGAACUGUACUUUGAAACAGCAUACUGUAUUUAAAAUUUCUGUCAUACCGUUUCAUGGCAUAAAUAGUAAGUUAAGUAUGCUGUUUUGUAGUAUAAUGUACAUUGUAGAUAUGGCUGCUUAAAGCUUGCAUGACCAGGGGUGGGUAAUAUGACCAAAAUUGUAAGAAUUUUUUUUUUGUUAAAUAUUGUAUUUUAUUUCAGGAUAAAUUAUAUAUCAUAAUAUAUGUCAAGCAAUAGCUGUAAACAGUAAUAAAAAAGGACAAAGAAACAAAACCCAAACAAAUAAAGUAACACCGUUUUAAGGUUUUCUGGUAGGUCUAGCUAACAAUAGUUUUAAAGUAAGAAACACUACAAAAAUGUAAUAUAAUAAUGUGUUCAAAACCGCAUAGUCUUCACUGUAUGAGUUAAAUAUGAAUUAAUUAUUCAUUUUACAAAAGUUACUCUAAAGUUCACUAACACUGAAGACCCGUAUUUUGACAUACUUUUAAAUGUAUUUUACCAGUUAGAUAUGUACUUGAAUUAAGUAUACACAUGAUGCUUGUCCACAUUUCACUCCAUCUUGGGGUGCACGCUCAAACAAAGUCUGUUGGACAGCAUGUUAGCUAUUUUCAUGAAUCAUAUAUAGUGCUUUUGAAAAGAUCUUUAAUGUUUUUUAAAGUUUAUUUUGCUCAUCAAGACUACAUUUAUUUGAUCAAACAUUUAUAAUAUAAUAAUGUUUUUUUUAUUUUAAUAUACUUUGAAAUACAAUUUAUU